CUCAAGUCCUCCAAGGGACCCCAAAUGGAACUGGGGGUCCUCCGGGGGUCCCCAAAGUCCUCUAAGGGACCCCAAGGUCCUCCAAGGGACCCCAAAUGGCAUUGAGGGUCCUCCAGGGGUCCCCAAAGUCCUCCAAGGGACCCCAAGGUCCUCCAAAGGACCUCAAGUCCUCCAAGGGACCCCAAAUGGAACUGGGGGGCCUCUGGGGGUCCCCAAAGUCCUCCAAGGUCUCCAGAGUCCUCCAGGGGUCCCCAAGGUCCUCCAAGGGACCCCAAAUGGCAUUGAGGGUCCUCCAGGGGUCCCCAAAGUCCUCCAAGGGACCCCAGAGUCCUCCAAGGGACCCCAAAUGGAACUGGGGGCCCUUCAGGGGUCCCCAAAGUCCUCCAAGGUCCCCAGAGUCCUCCAGGGGUCCUCAAAGUCCUCCAAGGGACCCCAAGUCCUCCAAGGGACCCCAAAUGGCAUUGAGGGUCCUCCAGGGGUCCCCAAAGUCCUCCAAGGGACCCCAGGGUCCUCCAAGGGAUCCCAAAUGGAACUGGGGGUCCUCUGGGGGUCCCCAAAGUCCUCCAAGGUCCCCAGAGUCCUCCAGGGGUCCUCAAAGUCCUCCAAGGGACCCCAAAUGGCAAUGGAGAUCCUCCAGGGGUCCCCAGAGUCCUCCAAGGGACCCCAGAGUCCUCCAAGGGACCCCAAAUGGCAUUGGGGGUCCUCCAGGGGUCCCCAGAGUCCUCCAAGGUCCCCAGAGUCCUCCAGGGGUCCUCAAAAUCCUCCAAGAGACCCCAAGGUCCUCCAAGGGACCCCAAGUCCUCCAAGGGACCCCAAAUGGCGUUGAGGGUCCUCCGGGGGUCCCCAAAGUCCUACAAGGUCCCCAGAGUCCUCCAGGGGACCCCAAGUCCUCCAAGAGACCUCAAAUGACAUUGAGGGUCCUCCGGGGGUCCCCAAAUGUCCUCCAUGUGACCCCAAAUGUCACCGGGGGUCCUCCAAGCGUCCCCAAAUGUCACCUGGGGUCACCCAGGCCAUUCCAAGAAUGUCCCCAAGUUGUCACUUCAGUCCUCCAACCACUCCAGGAGUGUCCCUUCAGUCCUCCAAGAUGUCACUUCAGUCCUCCAAGCACUCCAGGAGUGUCCCUUCAGUCCUCCAAGAUGCCACUUCAGUCCUCCAACCACUCCGUGAAUGUCCCUUCAGUCCUCCGAGUCACAUUGGGGUCCUCUGGGUGUCCCCAAGGUGUCACCAGGGAUCCCUGCCUGUCCACAAGAUGCCACUGAGGU